UUGGUGUAGUAACGCUUUGCUUCCUCGAAAGUCAAGGAAAUCACAGGGGUCACCUUUUAGUCCUAUUUUAUUUUAAAACACUCAAAAUGCUACUUUUCUGUCAUUGAAAAAAAACUGACUUUGUGUUGAGUAAAGACCGACAGAUGUCGUGCAGCAGGUUUUUGUGACAGGGCGCUGCCGGUGAAUGCGCUGGGCGUGUAUGAAGAUAAGGCAAACAAGGGCUAGAUGUGAAAACUGUCAGAAACAGAUAAUGCUCAGUAACCGUCGACCCCGGCCUGCAACAAGUCAGUCUUUCUAACGAGAGCCAAGUGUCAUGCAGUCAAGAGUGUGUCAACACACUCCAAUAUUUACAGCACCGCUAUAGUGUGCAUAUAAUGCUUAGGCGAGACUCGUAAACUUCGUUUCGGCCGUCUUAUUUUCCAAAUGUAUGGGACAAUGUUGCGAAUGACAAGAUUUACUAUCGGGAAGCUGCAACAGUGUAACAUUACCUGCUGUCGGUCAGAUACAUUUCAUCAUUUGCCUAAUCGAACCUCAAGAACACCGUGGAAAAGGCAAGCGCGCAAAAAUGGAUCAUUUGAUGUCCUUGUGUUGCCUGUGUAUAAGGGAAGGAAUAUAUUCCGGCUCUCUUGUCUCAGAACUGGAGGGUUGUUUCUACCCAAGAGUGCGUGGACACACUCCAGACACACGGUUGCUUUCUAUAGCACAUCUACGGACUCCAAACAAACCGCAAAGUCUGUGGUAAAUCAGGAGAGUAAAGUUAAAACCUCAGAAAACCCUUUACGGGUUCCCUCAGAAGAUGUCAAAAAGUUGCUGCAGCUGGCUCAUCCCCAGCGAUGGAGACUGACAGCUGCCGUGGGGUUUUUGGUGAUCUCCAGCUCUGUCACUAUGUCUGCACCAUUUUUUCUGGGAAAAGUGAUCGACACUAUCUACACUAGCCCCCCAGAGGACUUCAGCUCCUCCCUUACGUCCCUCUGUAUCAUGUUAACGGGGGUCUUCCUCUGCGGUGGCGCUGCAAAUGCUGCUCGUGUCUACCUCAUGCAAAUCUCAGGGCAACAGAUUGUGCGAAAGUUGCGCGAAUCCCUUUUCUCCUCGAUUCUGAAGCAGGAGGUGGGAUUCUUUGAUAAGACUCGAACCGGCGAGCUCAUUAACCGUCUUUCGGCAGACACGGCCAUCGUUGGGCGCUGCCUCACUGACAACCUGUCUGAUGGGCUGCGUUCCCUCGCCCAGGCAGGGGCUGGAGUUGGCAUGAUGUUGUAUGUGUCACCUAGUCUGGCAGCUUUUGUGCUUAUGGUUGUUCCGCCUAUUGCCUUCCUGGCUGUAAUUUUCGGUAGAUUCUUACGAUCCAUAUCGAGGCGCACACAGGAUGCGUUGGCAGAGGCUACACAGUUGGCAGAAGAGAGGAUCAGCAACAUUCGGACAGUCCGGGCUUUUGGAAAAGAGCUGACGGAGGUGCAGAAGUACUCGGAAAAGGUUGACUAUAUUUUUGAACUGGCUAAGAAAGAGGCUGUGCUUUCUGCUGGAUUCUAUGGAGUGACGGGGCUGAGUGGAAAUGUCAUCAUCCUGAGUGUGUUGUAUAAGGGAGGUUUGUUGAUGGCCAGUGAGGCCAUGACCGUUGGGCAGCUCUCGUCUUUCCUAAUGUAUGCCUUCUGGGUGGGCAUCAGCAUUGCAGGUUUCAGCUCAUUCUACUCUGAGUUGAUGAAGGGGCUUGGUGCUGGUACUCGUCUAUGGGAACUCAUGGACCGAAAACCUGAAUUUCCUCUCAAUGAGGGGCUUGUGUUACAACCAGAGCAGCUAAAAGGAGAACUGGAGUUUCGUAAUGUGUGUUUUGCUUACCCAACAAGGAAAGAUUCACCCAUCUUCCAGGAUCUAAGUCUGUCUGUGCCGGCAGGGUCAGUAAUGGCAGUUGUAGGAUCUAGUGGUUCAGGCAAAUCCACACUGGUGUCACUUUUGCUCCGGCUCUAUGAUCCUGAUUCAGGUGUGGUCACUGUUGAUGGCCGUGAUGUACGAGACUUGAAUCCUUACUGGCUGAGGAGUCAUAUCGGUACUGUAAGCCAGGAGCCGGUUCUUUUCUCCUGCUCUAUUGCUGAGAACAUCGCUUAUGGGGCGGCAGACCCAAGUCGGGUCACCGUAGAGGACAUCUACAGGGCAGCGCAGAUAGCCAAUGCUCAUGACUUCAUCCAGGAAUUCCCUAAGGGCUAUGAUACAGUGGUAGGAGAGAAGGGGGUACUGCUCUCCGGUGGACAAAAACAAAGAGUCGCUAUAGCACGAGCCCUGCUGAAGAAUCCAAAGAUACUGUUAUUGGAUGAAGCCACAAGUGCUCUGGAUGCAGAGAAUGAGUUCCUGGUACAGGAAGCAUUAGAAAGGCUGAUGGACGGCCGCACCGUGUUGAUCAUCGCUCACCGUCUCUCCACCAUCCAGAGCGCAGACGCCGUGGCUGUGCUGGACCAGCACCGCGUGAUGGAGAUCGGCAGUCACGCCAAGCUCCUUGCCAACGACCAGGGGCUCUUCCGCAAGCUGAUGGAGAAGCAGGCCUUCCUGCAGGCUGAGCAGAAACAGGCUCUCUUCAAAUAGGAGAAACACAGACAACAAAGAGAAUGCACAUAUUCAAUCAUGUUUAAAGGCUUUCAAAUGUUUUAUUGUGUUUUGAACACUCCGAAAAGACUAAGACUGGAAUGUGGCUAUUUACCAUAAACUGCCAAGUAACUGGAAACCAGUUGUAUACUGAUCAUUGUUAAUUACAAUGGCAGAAAGUCACAACACACAUGCUGUGGACAUGAUUUAAUACUCAUCUGAGUUGGAAAAACACUGCUUUUUAAAUUGUUUUAUGCCUUUUAUGCCCUAGAAAAACAUUAAUAUAUUUCAAAAAAAAGGAUGCUGGAUGCUACUGAUACUGUUACUUGUAAUAAAUCACGUCAGUCCUUUAUUAAGGAACAGGUAAUAAUCAGUUUAUUGAAGUGUACCUAGGGCCUUAGUCAUGAAACAGAGCAGAAUGAAUUUCUGUGUAAACUUUACAUGAUAAAACCAGUCCUAAGUAAACUGUUGCAUUUGUUUCAAUGGGAAAAUUGACACAAGAAUGAUUAAUUAAAACAUUCAUUCACUUCAUGUACACAAAUUCGUUCUGCAUAUGUUUCAUAAGUAAUACUGAUAAUGAAGUAUUUUGUGAGGGUGAUUACAGAAACAAUGGUGCUUCUGUCCUUUCUUAUCACCUUUGGUAAUGACACAGAUGUCAGCGAAUCGUGCCUAGAUCAUAAACCGCAAAGGUUUUACUGGGAUGUAAUCCAACUCCAACCCAGUUACAGUGCCACUGUUAUUUGUCAGUGAUGAAGAUACUGUUUUAAAAGGAGCACCUGUAUGGACCAUUGUAAAAGAAAAAGGAUAGAUAUUAUUGUCUCAGUUGUAUUUUAAGAACAGACACUAUGACAGAGAUAUUUUAACUUUUACUUAACCAAUAUAUAUAUAUAUAUAUAUAUAUAUAUUUUAUAUAUGUGCCAUUUGGAUAAGACAAAAUCUAUUCAGAAUUUUAGAAGAUUUUAAUACUUAGUGUGGUAACUUAUUAGGUUUCAGUUUGUGAAAUGUAUAUGUUUGUUUGUUUAUUUUCUAUUGUUUUAUCUGCACUAUUAAUAAAUUACCU